AUGUCUGAACAAACAAGGGAAAAAAAAAUAGCAGCAGGAAAGAAAUUACUGCACGAAUAUCAACAAAAAAAAUGUCUUGAUGGACCUGAAAAAAUCAAGAAAAAGAAAACUAAAAAGGUAGGGCACCCCAAGACAAACACCGCUGGGGUCCAACCAAUUAGGGGUCCAACCAAAGACCACGCUGACCCUGACUCUCCCCUACCUUUGGACACAGACAGAGCUGCCAGGGUGGAGAGAGUCACAGGUCCCAAUGUCAGUGAGGAUCUGGAGAGGCGCUACCAACAGCUGGUGCUUGCCCUGGACUCCAGCCAAAUUAGAAACCUACAGCUCUGCAGUGAGAUCGAACAACUAAAGCAGGAAAAGAAAGACCUGCAGGAUCGAGAGAAAGAAAAUGAGGAGAUGGCCCGUGUGCACGAAGCACUGCAAAGAGAGCUGGAAAUCCACAAACUAGCACUAGAGAUGAUGGUUUCAAAAGAACGCAAUUUACGAUCUGCCCUGGCCCACAUGGAGGCCACACAGCAGCGUGCUGCGGAGCUAGAGAAGGCAUUGUCUGCAGUCACCACCUUGCAGAUUGAGACUGAGAAAAAGAACCUACAACUCAUUGAAGACAUGAAUAAUGUGAAGCUUCAGCUCCAAGAAAACACCAGAAGCUAUGAUGACUUGAAGAAAGUGAACACCAAGUUGCAGGAGAAGCUGGAAGUGCUCGGGACACAGAAGAGCAACAUGCAGAACAGAAUUCGCAAGUUUCAACAAGCACUAGUGGAGCGGGAAGCACUGAAAAACCGACUACACAACCUGGGUAGUCGAGUGACCACAUUAAAGUUGGAGAGAGACACCUUUGCGGAGGACCUGAGGGUGGAGAGGUCCACGUGGAAGGAAAAGGUCCAACAGCUCUCAGAGCAGAUGAACCAACUGCAAAAGGAGAGAGAGCAAGGGGUGAGGCAGGCACUGGACCUAGAGACCAACCUGGCAGGACUGAGAAAACAGCUGGCAGAGCUGCAGCGCCCUGCAGGACCAUCUCAGGCUGAGCAGCAGCUGCAGGCCCAGGCUUACCAGAUGCAGGAGGAGUUAAAAAACUUGGAACAGCAACUUCACACCCAGGAACAAGAAAACCAGAGCCUCAGUAUCCAGAAUGCAGAGCAGCAGGAGCGGCUGCAGAGACUGGAAAUGAAGGCUGAGGAAUGGAGUCAGUGUGCCAACGAUCGGCACAAGAUUCUUGAGGCAAGUCAAUGCACACAUGUGCAGAACAGAGACCUGAAAGAGCAGCUGACUCAGCUGCGGGACGCUUUCCACAGGCUGAGCCUGGAGAAGGAGCAGCUCACCAGCAGCCUAAACACAGAGCAGCAGGUGAAGAAACAUCUGCAGGAGAAGUUGGACCAGUUAAAGGAAAAGUUAGAGGAGUGGAAAGACAUGGCUGAAAUAAAGAGCCAAGCGGCUCAGAAUCUGAAGGAGCAGCAGGCGCAGUCCCUGGCCCAGCUGCAAGAGCUCAGAGCCACCUGUGAGCAGCACAUCACCUCCAAUCAGCAGCUGACCUGGGAGAAGGAGGCCCUGCAGCAACACCCGUGGAGGCAGACCCAGCUGCUGGAGCAGCUGAAGCAGGUACAGGAGCAGACCAAGUUGGAGGACCAGAUGGUGUCUCAAAAGUUUCAGGAUAUUCUGAAGUACCUGGAAGCAACUAAACAACAGAAGGAGCAACUACAGGCCCAGCUGAGCUUCCUGGCUUUCACUAGAGAAAGUGAAGGAGUACACAAUGAAGAAGAUAGUGAGGAGGCAACUCUACAUGACCUGACUGUCCCAGAAGAUAUAGACAACCCACAAACCAUGAAAGAUUUUUACCUUAAAGCCCUAGCAGUGGCUGAAUCAAAACAGAUAAAACUUAGCAAGCAGCUGGAGAACCAGCAGGCCCGCUGCAGGUGCCUGGCCAACCUGGCAGCCCAGUGCCAGACAAAGCUCGAUCAACAGGCUCUCUUCCCCAAGAGCCGGAACCACGGCGUGUCUGGCAGCAGGAAGCAGGACCCACAGGUGUCCAAGAAGAAGCCGAAAAUCAGCUUCAUCCAUGACCUGCCUGACGAGGUGGACUUCCAAAGUCAAGUGGAUGACUUCCAACAUCGAUACAGCCAGCUGUCAGAACACAUCAGUGCCAUUGGAGAAUCCAUAGUGUACUGUAAAGAACAAAUGGAGGUCCUGGAUAAGCUGUAUAAGGAGAAAGAUGACUGUGUCAACCAGCUGUCCCAGGAGAAGAGGGAGAAGAAGAAGGAGCUGCAGGAACUGCUGCUGCGCCUUGCAGGAGAAGGCAUGGAGUGCCACAGCAAAACGCCCGCAGACACCACGACCCCCACAGACAGCAAGACCCCCGCAGACAGCAAGACCCCCGCAGACAGCACGACCCCCGCAGACACCACGACCCCCGCUGCUAAAACCACUUCAGACUUGUUAAGCCCCAUGAAGAUUGGGGAGGAGCAGAAAGGUUUUGAAGAAGUGCAACUUGAAGAAAAUGUGGAACUUGCCCGAGUAGAGGCUGGGGGGCCUUGCCCCCUAGAGGUCUCCACCCCACAGCACGUCGUGCUGAUGAUGCCAGAUAUCCAGCAACACCAUGAGCACUCUGUCCCUUUCUUCUCCUGA